AUGUGUACUAUAUUUAGGCCUACACAUUAUAGUAAACGAUACAUUAAUUAUCAUAUUGCUGUACAACGGUCUUAACGAAUUCGACAUUAGCGUUUGGAGAAGGAGCAUUUACUACCGUUUAUCACCCAUACAUUUCCAUUGCCAAGUUAAUUCGGUAUGCCUGUCACUAAAGAAGAAUACGGUCACACUGCAAACAAUCAACGGGUAGAACAGUAUACAUUGAGCAAUGUGAACGGACUGGUUGCCAAGAUCAUCAACUAUGGUGCUGCUAUAACCGAGCUUUGGAUACCUGAUAAGAAUGGAAAGAUAGAUGACGUCGCCUUGGGCUGGCCUGACAUCAAAGGAUAUGAGAGCAAUUCCCCUUAUUUCGGUGUUAUCGUUGGUCGUGUUGCAAACCGGAUAGCUAAUGGACAGUUCUCCUUGGGUGGUGUUGCUUAUCAGCUAGAGAUUAAUAAUGGACCAAACCAUAUCCAUGGAGGUGUAAGCAGUUUCUCACAUCGAGUUUGGGAUGGUCGCAUCAAUGGAAAUGGUGUAUCUUUCAGCUGCACAAGCCCCGAUGGUGAAAAUAGUUAUCCAGGCGAAGUAACUAUCACCAUCAAUUAUCAACUCACAAACGAUAAUAAAGUAAUCAUGUCGUACGCUGCCAAGACAACAAAAGCCACGCCCAUCAAUCUCACCAACCAUUCCUACUUCAACCUUGGGGGUCACGAUUCUGGCAGUGUCCUCGAUCAUAUAGUUGAGAUUGAUUCUGAUAAAUACACACCCAUGGACAUGGAGACUUCUAUACCAACAGGUGAGAUCAGUUGUGUUGAUAAUACGGUUUUUGACCUGCGAAGUCCAACCAGACUUGAGGAUAAAAUCAAUGAUGUACCAGGACUAGGAUAUGACCAUAACUUCUGUGUGAAAUCUUCAGAAAGACCUUGUGCCACAGUAACUCACAAGGAAAGUGGUCGCAAGAUGAAGGUUUAUACGACCAAACCUGGUAUUCAAUUCUACACGGCAAACUACCUGAAUGAUUCUACCAUUGGAAAGCAUGAGGCGGUCUAUCCUAAACACAGCGCUCUCUGUCUGGAAUCUCAAUUUUAUCCAAAUUCAGUGAACCAGCCCAACUUUCCAAGUUGCAUCUUACAUCCUGGGGACACAUAUAAACAUGAAACUACCUAUGCCUUUUCUUGGAACUAGAAGAACACAGCUUAAAUAAUAGGAUCUUACAACAUCAUUUCUGUAUAACUUUAAGCCUACUUCCAAGGUAUGAUUACUGAAGAGCCUACUAUAAAUAAUUUCAUUUAUAUAUUUCUCAAUUUUGUUAAUUCAGAAAUAUUUUACACCUGCAUGAAAGAUACUAAAUAUCUGCAAUAAUUUUUGGGGGCUGAAAGGAGUAUUUUAUUAUGAAAAGCGGUAUCUUAAAUCUACCUCAUCUGAUUACAGACUUUACUUGUUUAGCAAUAUAAAUAUGGGGAAAAACAUUAUUCCAUAAUUUGAAUAUUAAUUUUGACAUUUUGAGAAUCAUUGACAGAAAAGGGGUGGUUGUGCCAGUAAAUACUGAAUUGGAAUUUUAUGAAAAUAAUGUAGAUGGAUCUAUGAAUCUGCUCCAUAAACAUGGAUAAGGUAACACUUUGAAUGAUUGGGUUUUAUUCCGAAAAAUUUGAAUAGCAACAGCACCUGUUUGAAGGUGGUAUAUUUACAGGAUAUGAAAAAUUUAAAUAAAUCGAAAAUUAAAAAAGUAGAUUAACUAGAGUACAGUAGCUGAUGGAAUAUCAAAGGAACAGAAUAAAUGAAUUAAUCAAUAAAUACAAACAAGAACCAAUAUGAUGUAAAUAUAAUGGAAUAAAUUGUAUUUCAAUCAAAGAAUAGAUUUAUAACAUAUGUACACAUAUAUUCUCAGGUAAAACCUAUGAUUUCAGAUUUGAUAACACAAUAAAAUAACGAUUAGAAUAUGACAUGAAACUUCCAGUCAUUGGAGGUAAAGAUUAUUUACUCUCCAUUGUCCGCUAAAAAUUUAAGAUCUCUGUAGAAUUCUGUCAUACAAAUCACCAGUUUGGCACUGAAUUUACAAACAAGUAGUAAUUAACUUGUAUUAAUUAAGUUUCAAGUUUCAAAACUGGAAUUUUAAACUGAUCAUAACUAAUUUCAAGUGAUAUUGAAAUUCAAAAUGUAUAUGUAUAUCUAAGGAAUUGAGAUACAUUUUGAAUUGAAUACUGUUAGAAUAUAAGUUAUGACAACACUGACAAAUGGAAUGAUGAUUGCUAUACACAGAAUCCAUUUAGAAUAUAAUUCUUACGAAAUUCAGAAAAAAUUCUGAAAAACUGUUAGCUAAGGGAAUAAAACAAACAAAUUGAAACAUGCGUGUGCUUUCUUUGAUUGUUUGAUCUCAAAAUGUGUCAUGUUGUUAUAUUCAUAUUGAUUUAUUUUCUUAAAGGAGAAUGAAACCUUGGGAACAAGAUAGCGUGUGUGAAAAAAGAAAAAUCAAA